AUUUUUUUAAAUUUCACUCAUUAAUUGGAUUUAUUUACUUAUUAAUGUAUUGAUUUUAAAUGAGGAAAUCAGCUGUCAGUAAAUGUCACGUGUCCAUCAUCAUGACAUCAUCAGUGAGAUGACUGGAGUCACACUUUGACCUUUGACCUAUAGGAUCCUGCAUUUCAGCUUCUGACGCAACCAGUCUGAGUUAGAGCUCCGACACUAACAAGUCUUGAAAUAAUCAAUAGUUUUGCAACACAUCUGGAGGAUAUUUCUUCUGUUUCGCUGCUUUGUUGUUUAUUUUUGCUGUACUAUUUAUUAUUUUGACAGUGUGUGUGUGUGUGUGUGGAUCUCCACCCUUCUGUCCUGUUUUAUCUGCUUCAGGUUUCAGCUCCACCUGUCCGGUGAGCGCGGCUCUGUUCAACUCUUCCUGAGUGCCCUCACUAGUGCGCAACACUGAUAGAGAGUGCAGUAUAUGGGGUAACAUUCGUGACAAAAUUCUGUGAACAAAAGCUCAUGUUUCGAGCAUGUGAAAUGCAAGAAUUAACAAUUCCGUGUGCAAAAGAGCUCUCAAAAUGGAUUAUUGCAUGCAUGUAAAAAAAUUCUGUGAGCAAAGACAAUGUUUAGUGUUUGCAUAUAGAGUUGUUGCAUGCGCGUUAAAAAUUCUACAAGCAAAAGAUCAUGCUUUACGUGUGCAAAAUGCCUUAUUUUAUGUGCAUUGACAAAUAUGUAAACAAAAUAUCAUGUUUUAAGCACGCAAAAUGGCUUAAUGCACGAUAAAUAACAAUUCUGCAUGCAAAAGAUCAUGUUUUAAGUGCACAAAAUGCCUUGUUUUAUGCGCAUUAAUAAUUAUAUGUGCUAAAGAUCAUGUUCUGACAGGACUUAUUGGAUGCGUGUUAACAAUUCUGCACUCAAAAGAUUAUGUUUCUGAGUGCACAAAAGUGCUUGUUUAAGGUGCGUUAACAAUUCUGCGCUCUAAAGAUCAUGUUUUGAGUACACUCAAAAUGGCCUGUUGCUCAAAACAUGAUUUUUAGCGUACAGAAUUUUGUCGUAAAUGUAACCCCAUACUCCCGUGCUCUCUGUGCAGUGCACGCGCAGGGAUUGAGAGCGCGCCCGAGCUGCUGAGGUGAUCCGUCAUGGCGGCGGCGGAGUUUCGCUCUUCGGCGCUUCAGCAGUCAUAUUAAUCUAAAUAUUUACUAAAAUAUCAACCUAAAGACGCGUUUAAAGCCGUUCAGUCUUGUUGUCCUCGACAGGAUAUUCCGCCAUAUAUUAACGCGGGUGCCGUCGCGAGUCUUGAUGGAUGUGAGGUUACAGUAGCGCCGCCUUAUUUAUUUCCCUCAUUUCCUUUCAUUCUCAUUAUUUGUCAUCAGUUUGACUCCUCUGAGGUGAAUAUGAGCUGCAGGUAGUUUUGAUGAGCGGUGUUCCUCAGGGCUCGGUCAGCGGCCCGUCCGCAUUCAGCAUGUCCUCCAAAGCCUCGGCUCUGGAUAAUCUCUCCAUAUCGUCCUUGAUUUCUGGAGAUCUGGAGGAGGACGGAGAGCCGCUGGACGAUGAUCUGGCCGAUCUGGAGGUCAAUCCGUACGACGGGCUGCCGUUCUCGUCCCGAUACUACAGCCUGCUGGAGCAGAGAAAGCAGCUGCCGGUGUGGAGUCUGAAGCUCAGUCUGCUGGAGCACAUGGAGAAGCACAGCAUGAUCAUCCUGAGCUCGGACGGAGGAACAGGGAAGAGCACGCAGGUUCCGCAGUGGUGUGUGGAGUACGCUCAGUCUCAUGAGUUCUCUCAGGGUGUGGUGUGUGUUACCCAGCCGUACUCCGCCGCCGCCUGCAGUCUGGCUCUCCGCGCUGCUGAUGAGAUGGACCUGAGUCUGGGGUUAGAGGUGGGCUACAGGGUCCCGCAUGAGGACGGGUGCACACCGGACACCAUACUGCGGUUUGUGACGGAUGCUCUGCUGCUGCAGGAAAUGAUGUCAGAUCCUCUGCUGCGUCAGUACGGUGUGCUGGUCAUCGAUGAGGCUCAGGAGCGAACCGUAGCCACAGAUGUUCUGCUGGGUUUACUGCGCGACGUGUGCCGACAGCGGGCCGACCUCAGGGUGCUGGUGCUCACUGCGCCCGCCGCUGCUACGAGCUUCUCCAGCUUCCUGGGAGAGACGGUUCCUCAUCUUCAGCUGCCCUGCGCCCCUCAGACCCACACAGAGGUGCUGUACCGGGAGCCGGCGGCGGGACGAGACCUGCUGACCGCUGCCGUACACACCAUACUGGACCUGCACCGCCGCGGAGAGCCCGGAGACAUGCUGGUGUUCCUGCCCGGGCCACAGGAGAUCAGCGAGUGUGCGUCUGCGCUGGAGAAGGAGUGUGUGUCUCUGAGCGCGCAGCUGUCGUGUCUGCGUGUGGUGUGUGUGCAUGCGGGCGCGGGGGGCUCGUCUGCGCAGCUGUACGACACUGAGGCUCCUGACGGUGGAGAGCUGGAGCCGGCUGAGGACCCUCGCCGUAGGGUCGUCCUCACUGAUGCCUGCGCAGAAGCCUCAUUCUCCAUCAACAACGUCAGAUACGUCAUCGACUGCGGCGUCCAGAUCAAGACUGUGUGUGUGUGUGUGUGUGUGUGUGUGUGUGCUGUUUCAGCUCCGCCGUGCUUCGUGACUCCUCCAGCUGAUAAGGUAGAAGCAGCCGCGACACACAGACGGACCAUGCUGCACCCGGAUGGUGAUCACAUGACCCUCAUCAACAUCUACAACGCCUAUCUUCAGCAUAAUGAAGACGAGGCCUGGUGCAGGACCAACUUCCUGAGCUCCUCUGCGCUGCGAUUGGCUGUGGUAAUCAGGGCGGAGCUACUGGAGGUGAUGCAGCGAAUCGAGUUGCCGGUCUCUCCUCCCGCCUUCGGUUGCCAAGACAACAGCACUAAUAUAAAGAGAGCGCUGAUAUCAGGCUUCUUCCUCAAGGUGGCACAUGAUGUGGACGGCUCAGGGAACUAUCUCCUGCUCACACACCGUCACGUGUCUCAGCUGCACCCGUUCUCCUCGUACCGCUGCCGGCGGCCGCAGCUCAGUCCGCCCAGCUGGGUGCUGUACCACGACUUCACCGUCUCCCACGACAACUGCAUCUGCAUCGUCUCCGAGAUACACCCGCAGAUGUGAGUGUGUGUCUGUCUGUGUGUGUGUUCUCA